CUUAUCCAAACUUCUCUUACAAAAAAGGCCCAGAUUUGUUGCGAAAUACCACACUCCGAGGGCCUUGUGUGAGGGGGAAAAUCAUCCGCGCAGAGGGACAGGGCACACGCACUCCGAGGGAGCGCAGCCGAGGAGAAAUAAUGGCCACGGCGACGACCCUCUCUUUCAGCGGCGGCGGCGGCGGCACUACCCUGCUCCGCGGGCACGUGGCCUUGACGUCGGGGCGGUGCUGCACGUUCCCGAGCUCGCGGUGGAGGCCGCCGCGCUUGUCGGCCUCCCGCGCGGAUGACUCCUCGCCGGCUCCGUUCGAGAUGACGGUGGAGGACGCGCUGAAGCUGCUCGGCGUCGCAGAGGGCGCGUCGUUCGACGAAAUCCUGCGCGCCAAGAACGCCGUCCUCGCCUCCUGCAAGGACGACCAGGACGCCGUCGCCCAGGUCGAAGCAGCCUAUGACAUGUUGCUUAUGCAGAGCUUAUCACAGCGGAGGGCUGGAAAGGUUGCUAAUAACCGCAUCCGCUUUGCUGAUGUUAAACCUGUAAAGAGUGCAGGAGCUGGGACAGUCCCACAGUGGAUGCAGGCAACCAUGAAGAAUGCACCCAUUACAUUUGAGACUCCAUCUUCGAGCAGCUUGGGCAUCCAGUCAUGUGUUUAUGGUGCACUAAUGGUUUUCACCUAUGCUAGUGGAAGCUCGACAUCUUUGCCGUCUGCGUACAGUAGCCCUGAUGUGCCAGGUUUUAUCCUAGCAACAGGAUUUGGUGCAUCACUGUAUUUUCUGGCAAAGAAAAAUAUGAACUUAGGUAAGGCGGCAUUGGUCACUGUCGGGGGACUUGCAGCUGGUGCGACUGUCGGAUCUGCACUGGAGAAUUUCCUGCAGGUUGAUCUCGUGCCCUUUCUAGGCAUCCACUCCCCUGCCGUCGUUGUCAGCGAAUUUAUUCUCUUCUCCCAAUUGCUGGUAUCACUGUUUGUUAGGUAGGAUCUGAAACCAAGCUGUCAUCCUGGCAUGUAAUUAACUGAAACGGAUCGUGUUCGAUCUUCAAAGGGUCAGGGAAAUGCUUGUUUUCCGCACAAGGUGGAAGCAGCAGCUGUGUAUAGCAAAACAAUACGUGGGCAUCUCUGUCCCUUAUAAAGACCACCUGUAUCUAGUCUAGUUCUCUCAAGCUCAAUCUCAAGUCUUUCAGAUAGAAGCUUGUAUGGAUUGCAGAAUGUGGAAUGUAAAUUCUUGGAUCAAUAUUCUGGAA